AUGUCUCUGCAUCAAGCAAUCGAUCUCAACAGAGAUCUGCCGGGAGUUUCGGCUACCCAAGUCAACUUCCAUCCGCCAACAGGGAUUUCUUGCUUGGUGGUCGGAGCUGGAGUUGGAGGCUUGAUGACGGCCCUCGAAUGUCGCCGCAAAGGACACAGCGUGCGAGUCGUGGAGAGGUCGCCAGCCCCCAGCACUGCAGGAGAUUUCUUCUCUAUUGGCCGAAACAUCAUCGCCCAUUUCUACAACCACUGGCCUGAUCUAGCCGCCGAAUGCGAGCGCAUCAACUAUCCCAGCCUGGUUGCCUAUCAUACAAUCACCGGGGAGCGUGUCUCUGGUCCAGAGGCACUGCGCAUUGGCGAACCAAGCAUGACACUGAAUGACGGGUCGCAAAAGAUCAUCCCAUUUCAUAGACACCAUCGUCCCAAAUUCGUGGCUGCACUGCUCGCCCAGGUCAAGCAUCUGGGCAUCGACGUUGCCUUUGGCGCCAAGGUUACAGACUAUUUCGAGGACUCUGACAGACAGAAAGCAGGAAUUGUCCUUCAUAACGGAGAGAGGAUAGAGGCAGAUGUCGUUGUUGCAGCUGACGGCAUUGGCACAAAGAGCAACAAGCUCGUUAAUGGCGGUGAUACGAGGGCUUAUUCCAGCGGAAUGUCCAUUUUCAGAACUUCUUUCCCCGUGGAAUUGGCUCUCUCGGAUCCGGAGAUUCGUGAUCGAUGGCCCUUACUUGACGGGGAUGUGCCUUGUCUCGAGAUUUGGGGAGGAUACUCGGAUAUCAUAUGUUGGUUGAUGACUCACAAGAGCGACGGCAAAGGCAUCGAGUCCUGGAAUCAAACAGUAGAUGUAUCGAGAGUCCUCCAAAUCACCUCAAAGAUCCCUGGAUUCCCUGAAGUUGCCGAACGCCUGAUCAAAACAACACCAAAGAACGGCAUCGUCGACUGGGACAUCAUGUGGCGCGAUCCCCGAGAGAACUGGGUUUCGCCAGCCGGCAGGGUCGUGCAAGUAGGCGACAGUGCACACACAUUUCUGCCCUCGUCUGGCAGUGGUGCCACUCAGGCCCUGGAGGACGCCAUCUCUCUUGCAACCUGCCUUGAAAUCGGAGGGAAGAGCAACGUCCCGAUAGCAACAAAGAUUCACAACAAACUUCGAUUCGAGCGUGUCUCGUGCGUACAACUAAGCGGUUUCAUGAACCACCAAAAGCAGAGCAACCCCGUCUAUGCAGCAGAUAGCGAAGAUGGACCCUCGUUCAAAGUCAGCCUCGGGAACUGGAUGGUAAUGUAUAACUCUGAGAAGUAUACGUACGUACACUACGGUGAAGUGCUUAACCAUCUCCUUUCCGGGCGGCCCUUCAAAGCGCAAAAUAUCCCGCCGGGAUACACAUACAAGCCAUGGACGAUCAAGGAAUUGAUGGCCAAGGUUGAAAGGGGCGAACAGCUCCGUUUCGGGGGCGAUUGGUCUUGA